CCGCUCUCGAAGUGAAACGUGGAUAUUUUGCCCGUGAAGUUGACACACGACUGGUGCCAAUUGCAAUGAUGAAGGUCACUGGUACCGGUACCAUUCGAUUACACUACAGCAGCCAUAGUCGGGAGCAUUGAUAAGAACAACACCCCCGCACUUAUAUACAAUUCUGAAAGAUGGCUGCAUGGUGGGUAUCUGACCGACUGGUCCUUGUUUCUCCAGAAGACCCGGAGUAUGGAAAGAGCCCUUCCUUUGUCGACCAUCAGGGAGCCGUGCACCUGAUCCAGAAGAGGGUUGGCUUUUCGAAAGCAUCCAUCAAGUUCGUCCCAAGAGAACAUGGGAUUCGCAUUGAUGUCGACCCCCGUGUGGAUGGAUGGGGAUGCCCUCGGAUAAGUACAAUCCAGUUGGCCUCCAAAUCAAUUCCACAGGAAGCAACCACCAAACCCAGAACGGAAGGAAUUGCGUGGGGAAGACCCGGCGAAAUUGCUUGGACGAGAGUGAAUAAACGAGAAAAACAGGUUCUGUUUCACGGACUUUCUGAAACAGAGCGGAUGGAAAUACUUCCAAACGUUAUCAGUGACUCCAUGGUUAUGGGAACCUUUGAUCUGCAUCAUGUCCCAUCUGAUGUUGCACCUUUCCUGGCCAAGGCGCUGUGUCGAACUCAGCUAGUUGUGCUCAAGGUUGCGUUCACCGAACUCACAGAGGAGGUGGCAGAGAUGCUAGUACACGUUCUAUCGAGCUGCAAAUCGCUGGAACACUUGGAGCUUCGGUCGUGCGACUUUUCCAGUGCCAAGACUGUUCAGAUGGUCGCCAGCGCUCUAAAGAGGAGCAAACUACACACCUUUUGUUUUGGUUCUUCUAACUUGCAGGGAAGUCUUGCGCUUGCCUUGCUCCUGAACAAAGGGUUGCUGGAUCACCCGCUGCUAAAGAAUUUGUGCUUUGCCAGCCACAAGUUUCAUGCCGUCGAUGCAUUGGCUGUUCGAACGCUUCUUUCGGCGGGGUCCGGUAUGGUAGAGAAUGCCUCCAUCAAAUAUUGCUCAGAUGCUGGGAUUGCGGAGGUACCGGGGACUAUUCAUGGCGGCAAGAUUGUUGGCAUCGUUGAUGCGGUUGCUGCUGCUUUGAAUACCAAUCAGACCGUCAGAGUACUUGAUUUGUCUGAUACCAAUGUUCCUGACAGUGAUUUGGCAACACUGACUGGCGUUUUGUCCAAAAACGCUAGUCUGAAGCAACUCGUUAUGGAAAGCUGUCGCAUCUCUGAAGAAGGAAUCAUUCAAUUCGCCUCUGCGCUUCCUCGAAUGCCCAAUUUACGAAAGCUGAACUUAAGGCAGAACAAGUGCGGACCACAGGUGUGUGAUGCCCUCCAACGCGGUUUGGAGAAUGGGAACUUUGGCCUUCAUGUGUUGGAAUUUGAAAAGGGGAGAUUUGACGGCAAUUGCUGUUCCCCGCCAGAAUAUUUCCAUGACUGCGAGAGCAAGUGCUUGCUUGCCAUCAAGUGCCUGUUGGCAGUGAACCGUGCUGGAAGGUCCCUCUUGGUGAACAACCGGGAUUGCACGAAGACCCGAGUCCCUACAUCGCUUUGGCCGUAUGUUUUUGAGAGGGCCAACGAUGACAUCCAUUUUUCCAAGGACAUCAUCUUCAACCUACUGAGAGCACAGGCGCUCCUGUCCUGACCGCGCCAUUUGGUCCGGGUGUGAAGCAUUCGGGGCACUAACAUCCACCGCUUUGAUACCAUGAAAAACUCCCGACGAUUCGAUUCUACGGGCAUACCUAGAGAACUGAGUCUGUGAAUGUAGGAGUGAUCUAAUAGUGUUAACAAAGCUAAUGAGUUUGUACAUACAUGUAGGACUGAUCGAAGGUGGAAGCUGGAGGUGGAAGCUGGGGU